AUGAUCUCGAGAUUUCGUCGGGGCGCGAACACAGCCAGCCUGUUCGAGAAGUUCACAGGUGUGAAUCUGCGGAGAGCAAAGAAUCUGCCGAGAUCAGUACGUUGGCUUUACGAUGAGCUCGAAUUGGAGUCAGAAGAGCUUAACAAGAAUAACAAAAUCUGGCAAAAGUAUCGUCAGUGUAUUGACUCAAAUCAGGCUGGUUUCCUUCCCCUCUCGAUCCACCAAUUCGUUCUCCAAAGAUGCACCAACAGCCCUCCAAAGAAAUUCGAUCGCAACGUUAUUGAGCGUUAUCUGCACAACCAGGAUAGACUGCGCUUUAUAAUUGAUCAAAUGCGCAUACACAACCACUCCCCAAGCUUAGAAGACUACAAAUUCAUCCUCAAUAGAUUCUCCCUUAUGGGUUCGAGGAGUGGUUGCAGGAGAAUUAUGAGAGAAAUCUUGGACAGCGGUCUCCCAAUCGAUGCUGCGUGUUACAAUUCUACCUUGAUGGGAUACGUGAGGUGGAUACACCGUCAGAACAGAAACAACCACAAAGAUCCACGCCCACAGAGGAUUAUCAGUGCUGAGAUAUCAGGCUUAUUAGAAGAGAUGGCCAACAAAUCAAUUCAGCCCAAUCAAGAUACUUACAAUUAUGUCUUGUCUAUAUUGAAAGAUAUCCAUGACUUUGAUGGACUGAAUCAACUCCUUCAAUCUACCUAUGGUAUUGACAUAUAUAAUCCAGAUCAUCAACCUAUUCAAUUUCUCGACUUUUUAUCUCAGAAUCCUCAUAUCUCUCCACCCAAAGUAUCUCCAUCGGUGCUGAGGAGUAUAGUAGAUGCCGUCGGCAACCACAGCAAUCUGAGUACGCUGAUCAGUGUAUUCGAAGCGCUAGUCAACCCAAUCAAGACGGAUGGUGUACAGACAUACGUAUGGAAGACAACACCAGAGGAAGAAUCAUCAGAGACUGUUGCAGUGAAUGGAAAAAAUCUUUCAGUAACUGUAUUCGACAGAUUGCUUUACCAUGUCACGCGACAAGGACCGUCAUUCCUCGCGAAGCACUACAUUCGCUACAUUAUAUCAGCAUGCAAAGAAGAACGAGUAGCAAAUGCAGCAUUCAGAAAAAAUCUCCUCGAAACUGCAACUAUAGACACGCUGAAAUAUAAACAUAUAAAAAUUCCGCGUAUUUUCUUCUCUGCCCAGCUCCUCACGUCGAUAAGACUUGGAUUGCUCGACCAUCACUACCAGAAAAUGGGAGUGAUCAAGUAUAUGCUCGAGCAGCUGCCGUUUAUCAUGAAAGAGCAGGCAAAGGAGCAUGACGAGUUACGUGAAUGGAUGAAAGCUUAUGAGGAGAAGAUAGUGCAUUUGCUAAAUAGUGACCAAGGCAGAGCAUUAGACGACAGUACAUUCAACAAUCUCACAACCAAACUAGAUACAGAUUUGCGGAUAAUCAACGAUCGUACCUCUACACUUAAACUUCACAACAGACUGUUGAACGUCGCAGGUAACACGUGGAUGCCGCAGGUGUGGGCGCAGGUAGCGGCGAGAAGGCGACAGAGCCGCGCUAAUGUGCGCAUGAUUGCUGCUAAAGAAGAGAGAGACGCGCAGCUGAGAAAUAAAAUGGAACAAGACUACUUUGUAGGCGCAUCAGCGCCCGUGACAUGA